AAGUUAUCUAUUUUUUUACCCAUUUCUGUUUAUUUUGUCACCCACAUGGAUGCACUACGUUUUAACGUGCAAAACCGUAUCCACAAAUCACUGGCCUGCAACGGCUGACACCUUUCUCAGAAGACUUUAUCCACACUUUCCAGCAGUUCUUUGCCAGCUAACCAACAGACAAGAUGCUUUAUUUUGUGGUUAAGUGUUUCUUUCUGGUGAUUCUGCCCAGGAUCAGUCAGCAGGGAAAUGACUUUACCACACCCAGUGCCGCCUGGUUGGAAUAUCAGCGGGAAAGGUUUGGCAUCAACAAUCCUCUGAUGAUCAGCUCUACCAAGGCACCCACUGUAGGCGUAGUUGUGGUGACCCCAAAAGUGGAGACCACCUCCAGGAAACAUUCUUCCAGUCCCCCCGAAAAUGCAGGUCAGGAAUCGGAGGAAGAUGAGGAGACCACAGAGCAGCCAGCGGAAGAAGAGGAACUGGAACUGGCUCCCAGUAUUCAAGGGUUCUUCAACUUCCUAAAAACAAUGAAGAACACCUGGAUAAAGAAAUCAGGACUGACAUUAGGAAAAAAGAUAAAGCUCUUACAAAAUCUACGAGAUAAUCUUAUGCGAUUAAUAGAGCAACAGUUUGCGGUUCUUUGGCAACCACCGGAGCGAAAAAGGCGACGUCGACGUGGUCUACUGGAUGAUUCAAAUAUAGAUUUCCCGCCUGAGGCGGCAAUCAUGAGCAUCAACUUCUUGACAUUCGCCGUUUUCCUCAUAAAACUGGUUAUGCAAGUGGUGAAGAUUGUCAAAAGCAAGCAUUACACACUUUCCGGUUUUACCUUCGUCCCAGAAGCUGUCAGACGUCCAUAAAAUAUUUCAUUGAAUUUAAAUCUAUAUUUCUAAAAC